UUAUCAAAAUUGUAGUUUACGUUCAACAUGCAAUACUAUAAAACCCUUAAGCGAGUUCCACAAUGCCUUAAAUUGUUCAGUAGAUGUUUUAUGGCUGAUAGGAAUUUGAUUCAAAUUCCUCGGGUAAGGAUUUCUGAGGGCCGUAUACGCUAUUUGUUACUGUUGAUCCAUAAUCAUGGCUUGAGUGGUUUCGGUAGGACCAUCGUUCGGGGAAGCGAUGUAGAGGACCAUCUGGAUAUUUAUGACCAAAUAAUGGAAGAAAUGGAACCGAUGGGUAUCUGUGCCAAAUGUCUAGGCGGCGGAAAGAUCAAUAUGGACAAACCAAGUAAAAAAAUUACCAUAUAUGGCAAAAGUAAAAACUUUGGAUGUGCUGACCAUAACAGGACGAAGAAUAUUCUGAAAUCUUGGGACAAUUAUAAGGAUUUCAAAAUUAUUGUUGGCUGAAUA